AUGUCCUCGCAUGGAACAGUUUCGGACCGGAGUAGAAGCUGCACACAAUCGACGUCCCGCUCAGGGAUCGGGUCUGCGGUAGUGGCCGCACUGACCGUACUAGUCUUGGCGGGGGCGCCGCCAUGGUCCCCCGUGGCCGGGCUCGACCCGAAGUUCGACCCAUCCACCCGCAUGCGGCUCGUCCUGGUGCCGACCGAUGCCACCGUCGGCUCGGUCAUCUAUCGGUUGCGGGCGACCGACGAAGAGUUCGAGUACCCGCUGCAGUUUGAGCUCGUCGGCGAUGCAUCUUCGUCGAAGGUCCAGAUCGAGACGCUGCCGUGCACGAAGUUUAACUCGAUCUGCCAGGCGAACGUGAUCCUGACGCGCCGCCUGGAGGCGGGCCGCUACUACGACUUCCAGGUGUCGGUGAAGGACACCAAGGGUGGCAUGUCGGUGCAGAGCUGCUCGAUCACGGCGACCAACUUCACGACACCGCACGACACCAUCUUCCCGCACAAGGCGGGCAUCAUUAUGGUGCCGGAGGAUGCCAAAAAGGGUACCGAGCUGGACUACGUGCUGGCGAACAAGAAUCCUCUGCUUCCAAAGCCGGUUUACCUCGAGCUGUGGGGUUCGCCACUGUUCGGUAUCCGGCAGAAGAUCAUCUCCCCGGACAUGACCGAGGGCACCAUCUUCCUGCUCGGUCCGCUCGACUUCGAGAAGCAGGCGAUGUACCACCUGACGGUACUGGCGAACGAUGCGUACGCGGAACCGGGCCAGGAUACGCGCAACAUUGCCGGGCUCGAGGUGGUCAUCAUAGUCGAGGACGUACAGGACGUGCCGCCCGUGUUCACGGUGGCCCCGCCCGUCACGCGGCUACCGGCUGGCCUGAUCCCGGGCGACAAGGUCCUGCAGGUGCACGCCGAGGACGGUGAUAAGGGCGUGCCGCGCGAAAUACGCUACGGUCUGGUGUCGGAGGGGAAUCCCUUCACGUCGUUCUUCGACAUCAACGAAACCUCUGGUGAGAUUACGCUGCUCCGGCCGCUGGACGACAUACUGGCCCUGACGCACGCCGGCGACCCCGUCCUGCUGACGGUGAUCGCCGAGGAGGUGAAGGUCACGCGCCAGGAGCCCCCGACCAUGGCGACGACCGUGCAGCUGGCGUUCUUCCUGCCCGAACGCAGCAACUCGCCACCGUACUUCGAGAACGACCAUUACGUGGCUCGGUUGGAGGAGAAUGCAGCACCAGGGACGGUGCUGACUUUCAGCGAGCCGUACACGCCGCGCGUCAUGGACGACGAUGCCGGGAAGAAUGGGGUGUUCUCGUUGACGCUACUCGACAACAACGGCACGUUUGAAAUUGCGCCGAACGUGGCCGAAGGACACGCCAACUUCGUGAUCCGCGUGCGGGAUAGUGGCCGGCUGGACUAUGAGGUGGCGACGUACGUGCACUUCCGCAUCCUGGCGCAGGAGCUCGGGCCGGCCACCAACCUGUCGACGCUGGUCAAUGUGACCGUGUACCUGGCGGACGCGAACGACAACGCGCCGGUGUUCGAGCAGCCGGACUACCUCGUCGAUCUGCCCGAGAACAUGACGGCGGGGACGCGGGUGGUGCAGGUGCACGCGACCGACGUGGACACGGCCGGGUUGGGUGGUACGGUGCGCUACACGCGCCUACUCGGCCCGCACAACACCUCGCUGACGCUCGAUCCGGCUUCGGGCGUUGUGACCGUGGCCACCAACCAGCACGGAUUCGACCGGGAGGCGAUGCCAGAGUAUCACCUGCGGGUGGAGGCACGCGACGACGAUGGUAUCGGGAACCGGGCCGAGGUUCCGCUCACGAUCCGGCUGAUCGACGUCAACGACGAGUCGCCCGCGUUCGAGCGAUCGCUCUACGAGUUCCUGCUGGCGGCCGACCUCGCCAACUUCACCGUGCCCGCCUUCAUCCGCGCGACCGACGCGGAUGCCGAGGCACCCAACAACGAGGUGCGGUACGAGCUGAUCUACGGCAAUUACGAGAACAAGUUCUUCCUGCACCCGAUAACGGGCGAGCUGCGGCUAACGGGGCCCCUCCGGGCGCGGGACUCUACGGGACAGAGUCGAAGACGCCGCCAGCUGUCCGGCGGCCCGACCCGACCCACCCGCGGUCCACAACCGAAGGGCGUGACGGACGUGUUCGUCCUGACGGCACGCGCUUUCGACCUGGGCGUUCCGGUGCGCUACUCCGCCACCACGAUCCACGUCUACCCGCCCGAAAGCCGGACGCGCACCGUUACGUUCAUCGUGCCGGGCCGCGAUCCAGAUCGGCGCAAGAUCCUGGACACGCUCCAGGACAUUACCGGGGGACGGGUUAUCAUCCAGGAGGUGCGGCCGUACACGCCGGGCGAUGCCGAUGGCAUCGCGACCGACAUGUUCCACUCUGACCCGGCGGGUGGCGGGACGGGCGACCGGUUCCGGUCGGUCGUGAUCGCCACCAUCCUGUACGAUGCCGAGUCGGUCGUGGACAUUGGCCGGAUCCAGCAGCGCCUGUCGGCGAACGGGACCGUUCCGGGCACGAUCGUCAGCCAGGACGAACGCACAGCGAUCCUGUACAAGGCGGAAAAUCGAGUCCUGUUCUGGCUGCUCAUCUUCCUCGCGAUCCUGCUCGCCCUGGGCAUCCUUACGCUGCUGCUGUGCUGCAUCUGCCCCGGGUGCCCGAUGAACGUCACCAACCGAAAAAGAAUCCUUCGGGUGAACAAUAUCGAAGACGAUGUGCAUCUUGUUCAAAGAAAGCAAGGCAUCGGAAAAAAGUCGAAAUCUGUUCAGGUCGCCGAAUGGAUGGGACGACACGAUGCGUGGUCGCCGGGAAACCGAUCGACCGAUUCCCGGACCAAACCGACGCACUGGGAGUACCGAGGACGCCGGGACAUUGCCAAAGGGCGCACCGGUGGCGGCGGCGGGGGCGGCGCGGCCGGCAGCAGUGCACUAGCGGCGGCCACGGCCGCUGCCGCCGCCGCCACCACCGGAACCGCACCGGCGGGACAUCGGCACAGGAGACGGCGGGACUCGUCCAACGACGAAGGACGCGACAACAACAACUACAGUAACAACGAGGACGACAGCACUGGCAACAGACGGCAGACGGUUACAAUUAGGGAAGACGCGAAGGGCGGCGGCGGCGGUAAGGCGACGAAGGAGCACGCGCACCUGCACCGGUCGCGGACGAACCUGCUGAACGCCGCUGGCGACCGGGACAUCUACGUGGAGGACGUCGACGACCCGCACGAUCCGGAGUACCAGUCGCUGAAGCGCAUCCACCACCACCAUCACCACCAUCAGCAGCAGCAUGGCGGUGGCGGUGACCGGCGAAAAGUGACGGCGACUGACGACGACGGUGGCGGACCACUGGCGGUGCCGCCGAUCGACGACGACUCGAUGCGCCGCCACGAGCUCGACCGCGGCAGCGACCUGAACUACGAGCGGCGCAGCAGCUUUAAGCGACAGCACCACGCCCUGACGCAGGUGCUGAUCGGGGGCGAGGGAGCCGAGCCCCGGGACCAGUACUACAUCAAGGAGGGCAACGCGGAAAUCCUGCGGCUCACUACCCGCGGUGGCCGCAACGAUGGCGGCGGGGGCGGGGUGGGCGAAGAGAACAUCUACGUUAACGUGGCCCAACGUGGCCCACCCGUCCCACCCGCCCAGUCGCAGCAGUACAUCAUGGUGGACAACGGCGGCAAGGAGAUCCUGAUGCGGCGCUACAUCGAGGAGCAGGCGAACGGGAAGCAGAUCAUCCGGGAGCACUACCAGCUGCUGCCCGGCGCCACCUUCAUCCAGACCAUCCCGAACGAGGUGCCGACCCCGGUCGACCCCCGCCGGCCGCAACCCGCCGACCACGUCACGGAGGUGAAGAUCAGCGAUGACGAUGCGGGCGGCGGCGGCGUCGGCACCGAUGGCGAGCUGAAGCCGGCCGUCUCGACGCACUCGCUGAUCCACCAGGAGCUGGAACACUCGCUGAAGCAACAGAACGCGCUCCUCCGUCAGAUCCUGCUCGAGAAGGAGAAGCUCCAGGAGCGGUACAGCCAGUGGGAGCAGGCGCUCGAGACGCAGAGCCUGCCGUGCCAGUCGCUGGCGGUGGUCGCGGCCACCCAGACCGACUGCAACACCGGCACGCAGACGGAACCGGUCGACGCGGGCGGUGACGCCGGCGGGCGGCGACGGGUUUGGCGCCGGCGGCGGACCAAGAGCGAGAACGACGACUCGCUGUCGGAGGACGAGUACGAGUACGUGUGGUACAGCCCCCCGGACAGCCCGGACGGGGUGUACCUGAUCAAGCGGCGCCACCACCGGAAGCGCUCCCGCUGGGAUGGCGGUGGCGGAACCGAUGGCGGUGGCGGAAGUGGAGGUGACCAAGGAGGCCGCAAGGGUAACGGACGGCGCGUGGUGGUGGUGGAGUCGGUGAAGCGCAAGAUCCGCACACCGAUCCGCGAGGAGGACGACGACGGUGACUACGAUGAGGACGAGGUCGGCUACUCCCGGGGCCACCACCACCACCCGGGGCGGCAAGAGGGAGGGCGUGCGGGUGGGUAUCGGCCCCGGCAGCAGCAUCGGGUGCGGCAGCGGCUGGCACCGACCCACCAGGAAACCCGCACCAGCAUCCUGCGCCGGAAGCGCAACGAAGAAACGCUCCACGGGAAGGCGACGCCCAAGCAGGAGCAGCAGGCGGGCGGCUGCGGCGGUGGCGGUGGGGCCGCCCGUCUGAAGCGGGACGUGCUGCUGGAGAUAUCGGACUCACUGCACGACGCCGCUGCACCGCCGGCGCCCCCGUCAGAUGGUCGGCGGAAGAAGGUGUACCGGAAGAACGUCAAGUACUACGAGGAUUCGGACGGCUCGGAGCGGGAGGUGGAGGUGGUGCAGAAGAACUACUUCUCGGCCGACAGCUUCGACGAGCUGCGUGAUUCAGCCGAGCUCGACAACUACCGCUACACCGCCACCAAGACCUCCCGCUCGGUGUCCACCCUGUCGCCGAAGGUGGGCGCUACCGAGACCACCACCACCACCACCCGCAUCCGGCUGAACGCGGCUGACUCACCGCCGAAGGACACUGCGCCGGCCGCGGCGGGGAAAGGGGCCGUGAAGCCGGCGGCUCCUCCAGCCCCGAUGAGCAAAGCGCUCUCGAAGGAAGGACUCAACCACGACCCACCAGACUCGGCCGUGAAUCCGAAGUACAUGGACUGGUACUACAACCUCCCCGGCGGGGGUGGGAAGGAUGGCGACGGCUCGCUGGAGAAGCGCACCCAGCAGCGCAGAGCGCAGGGUGGGGAAGGGGAACCCGGACGGGCCACGGUGACCACGACGACCAGCUCGACGACGACCAUCACGACGCUGGGUGGUGGCCAGCGGAAGAAGCAGCCACCGGCGGCGACGGCCGAAGGUGCGCAAGGGGCGAAGGGAACGAAACCGGAACCGGCGCCCCGCUCGUCGCCGCCCAAGGAUGAGGCGCGGCUGCUGAAGGAGGAUAUCCAGCACGCCCGCCAGCUCGCCCAAGCUCAGGCGCCCGCCGAUGCCGACAGUCACCCGUUGCUGCAGCACUCGGAGCACUGGUACGAGGCCACCUACGACCCCCCGCCGGUACCGUCGCUCCCCGCCGACAAGCUGCCCCACUAUCUGUACGCGGAGACGCCGCCCAUCAUCAGCCGCGACAACAAGGUUCAGAUCAAGAUCAUCGACCCGUCCACGUCCAAACCGGGCCCGGCGGCGGCCGCGGCGGCAACGGUAGCGACGACACCGGCGGUGACGGCGCCAGCGGUGACGGUGGCACCCCCAGCACCGCCGGCACCAAGCAGCAAACCGGCAGCGGCAGGGACGACCACCACCGGCACCUCCAAGGCGCUGAACGUGUCGACGCUGGAGGAUGACCACGAUUCGGGCAUUGCGAUGAACUCGCUGCUCCACACCAGCCACCGGGCGGCGGCCCCGCGGGCACCCCGGAACAAGAUCGCGGACAAGAAGAGCAUCUUCACGAUCGCCUACGAUGACGUGCGCAUCCGGCAGAUCCGCUCCGAGAGCGACACACCACCGUUCUCCUAA